AUGGUUGCCAGAAUCCUUGUCUAUUCAGCCAUGACUUUUAGAGGAAAUGGGACUCUCAUAACGCAUAACACCACAGCCUACAUCCCAUCGUCUCGAUGCCGGGGGUACUGUGGACACAUUCCUACACAAUUUCUGUAUGAGGAGACUUUUGGCAAUACAACCCUAAAGUACAUCCAAAAUAUCCGUGCCGAAAUGGCCUCCAGCAAAAGCCUCUCCAAUAAGAGUGGUGUGCCCCUGAGCUCCCAUACACAAAACAGUAUCUUACCCUACUGGGCCCAGUACAACAUUGAUUUCAAAAGACAGAAGGAGAUCAAGGAUUUUAACAUGUUGUCACAGAAGCACAGGGAAAAUUACAAAGAUAAGACUGGCAUUGUGCAACCUGUCAAUUACUUUGUCAUGCAGUAA